AUGUUGGAUUUUACGGCUUUGUUGCUGCUGCUGUUGCUGCCACUUGGCGCCGUUGCACGCAGCUACAGCAACGGCCUCAUCUUCUACGAACUUGCCACACACACGCCCUAUCUGCCGCCCACAGUGAGCGUCUCCCGCGGCCGCAAUCUGGCCAGUGCCAAGUACUCUGAAAAGGGCUCCAUUUGGUCCACCUUCGGCCAGCCCUGCGAGUGUCGCGGCCCAAUUUGUGGCUGCUGCGCCGGCCUCAAAGUCGAUCAGUACAAGUUUGAUCAAAAGGUUUGCGCGAACAUCACGUUUGUGCCACAGCUGGAGGAGGCGCAGCUGGACGUCUAUCUGAACGAGCGUCCGUCGGCCAAAUACGGCAUCUCGCUGAGGAAUCCCACGCCCUUCUGCAUACCCGUCAUGAUGGGCGUGCCCAUGGCCAUGUGCGUCCAACUGACCGACGUGGCCAUGGUGAAUAACAAUCUGAACAUGUGUAUGGACUUUGUGGUGCGGCUGGCAACGACAGAUCUCUUCGAGAUGCACUUCCAAUGCAUGCGCAUGGGACUCGACGGGCUGCAGUAUGUGGACAAGAUGGGCAAGCCGGUUCUUCCGCCAGCCGCCAGCAAUAACAAAGCGGACUACGAUGAAGAUGAGGAUGAGGAUGAGUCGGCCGAGGAUGAGGAUGAGGCUGCAGCUGAAGCUGAACAGGAGGAGGAUGCUGCUGCUGACUAUGCUGAAAUGCUGGAAGAGGAACAGCAGCAGCAGCUGCAGCUGGAGAGCGAAAACGUAACUGAGCCGCAGACAGAGAUGGAGAUGGAGAUGGAGACACAGACGGAGGUAGAGCCAUUGGCAAUUGAAAGUGAAAUGCUUAUGGCUGGCGAUAAAGAUAAAGAGCUGGCAAUGUCAACGACUGGCGACGGCGACGACGACGAUGUGCCAAAGGAAGAGGCAAUGCAGCAGCAGCAGCAAUCAGCAGAGCAGCUGGAUAUGGGGGAGGAAGAGGAAGAGGAGACAACGGAGCAAGCAGCUGACAAUGUUGGGGAGAGUGAGUUGCAGCAAAGCGAAGUAAUUGAAACGAUUACCAAUGCAACAGCCAACAAGGCGCCAGCAACAGCAGCGACUACAACAACAACAACAACAACAACAACAACAACAACUACAGCAAGGCCCAGCAUUGCUGAUGACAAGUACAAUUAUGCAGCGCCAGUAGCAACAAUAGUUGAAGCAACAGCCGCAACAAUUGCAACAACAACAGCAGCAACUGCAGCUGAGCAAAUGGCAAACGAUGCUGAUAAUGAAGUAAAUGUGGAUGAUUAUGAAGACGAAGAUGUUGAAGAAGAAGAAGCAGCAGCAGCAACAGUUGCUGCUGAUGAUGUUGCAGCCGAAGAGGAGGAGGAAGAAGAAGAAGAGAGUGAGGAGGAGCAGCAGCAGCAGCAAGCGAGCAAACUAGAUGAAGUACAAGCGAGUGAAGAGGAACUGAACGAAGCUGAGCAGCAGCAGCAGCAACAACAAAAUGAAGCAGCUGAAGACCAAGAUGAAGAUGAAGUUGAAGAUGAAGAGCAAGAGGAAGACCAAGAGCAACAAACAGAGCCGACCCAAGCUGAUCAGCUUGCAAGCAAUUUAAGCAACAAGGAGGCGGCAGCUGUUAAUGGCUAUGAAAGUGUUGCCAGUAGCAGCAGCAGCAGCAGCAGCACAGCAGCGACCACAACCACAGCUGCAACAGUUAUCAAUGAACCUAAGCGUGAAGUCGUUGAUGACAUUGCUAAUGCCACAGAGUCGAAGCAGCAGCAGCGUCGACGUCGGCUGCGUUUGCGACUGCGCAGCGUUUAGUGGCAGCAGCAUCAGCAGCAGCAGCAACAUUGACUGUUUGUUAAUUUAUUAUAAUUGUUAAAAUGAUUU